AUGAGUCCUGACUAUGACUACCUCUUUAAACUUCUCCUUAUUGGUGACUCAGGCGUCGGAAAAUCCUGUCUUUUGCUGCGAUUUUCUGAUGAUAGCUUCGUUGAUACCUACAUUAGCACUAUUGGUGUAGACUUCAAAAUAAGGACGUUAGAGCUUGAUGGAAAAGUUGUUAAGCUUCAAAUAUGGGACACUGCUGGUCAAGAUCGUUUCAGAACUAUUACUUCAUCGUACUAUCGUGGUGCACAGGGAAUUAUUAUUGUUUACGAUAUCACUGAUGAGGCUUCAUUCAAUAAUCUGAAAUCUUGGCUUUCUGAAAUUGACUGUUACGCCAAUGCUUCAGUGAACCGACUUUUAGUGGGAAACAAAUCUGAUCUUGACUCUAAACGAGCUGUUUCUUUUGAGGAUGGAAAGAAAUUUGCUGAUAGUUUGGCGAUUCCUUUCAUGGAGACCAGUGCCAAGACUGCUCAUAACGUGCAGGAGGCCUUUAUAAAGAUGGCAAUGCAGAUCAAAGAGAGCAGCCCCAAUGUACCGAGCGCUGCUGCUGUGACACUCACGGUGGGAUCUACUACACCCAUCAAGAAGGAGAGUGGAUGCUGCUAA